CGCCCAUGUCCUCCCACCGGCCUGCGGGGAGCACUUCAUCCGCACCGGAGCGGGCAUCCGUUAUAAGUAUGGGAAGGGGAAGAAGAUAGCGCGCCAAGAGCUGCUUGACAGAGAUGCCCGUCGAUAUCCCCCUCCGCAAAGUCCUUUCUGCUGGCCAAAAAGCGCCUGGCGCGUGGCUGACGCUUCCGAGCACAGCGAUUGCAAAGUCCAUUGCACGCACACCGGGCGUGACAUGGAUAUUAGUUGACGCUGAGCAUGGCUUGAUUACUGAUAGAGAUUACUACGACUUGACAAACACCAUCGCAUCCGCCGGCGUGUCCCCUAUCAUCCGGAUACCAGACGAGAAGCCAUGGAUGAUCAAGCGCGCCCUUGACUCAGGCGCACACGGCAUCAUGAUCCCCAUGGCCAACUCUCCAGAAAUCGUCCGCAACGUCGUCUCUGCCUGCAAGUACCCGCCAAACGGCAUCCGCGGCUUCGGGCCCAUGUUCACUCACGCCACUGGCGCUAUCGGCGGCGACUACAAGGCCGAGGCGGACCAGCAGCUCGUCAUCUCCGUGCAGAUCGAGCAUCCUAAUGCUGUCCGGGAUAUCGACGCUAUCCUCGCAGAAGGAGUGGAUGUGGCGUUUAUCGGCCCCUUCGACCUCUCAGUGUCUAUGGGCGUGCAGUUUGGCGGCCAGGAGCACGAAGACGCGAUCGAGAAGGUGCUCGCAGCGUGCAAGAAGGCGAAGAAGACGUCGGCUAUUUUCUGCCUCACCGGCGAGCAGGCCGAGAAGCGCUUCGCGCAGGGCUUCGACAUGGUCAGCGUCACGACGGACAUCGACACCUUGGUGGACGGGUUCGCCUCCGCGCUUGCGACGGCGACGGGAAAGUUGAAGGAGGGCGCUGCGAGCUCUGGGUACGCAACGUAAUAUAUAUUUUCGUCGAAGUCCUGUAUAACCUACCAUACUAAGCUGUCUACUACGCAAAGCACAAGCAGAUGCAUCGCGCUGAAGUGCUGGCAGAAAGUUCCUGAUUUUCUCGUUGCAUGAGCAGCCUCGCUUGCUAUUGCCAGAUUUGCUGCCGCAGGUCUUGAAGGUCACACUUCCGCAGUGCCAGAAACUUGGUCCGUUGGGAGCCCGAACAUUGAAGGGAGCUCCCUCCACUGCUCUUCUGCCCACGAAUUAAAUAUAUCCAUUAUGUGAGUCGUGCACCUGUCGCACACAGCAAAGUACCUCUCGAA